AUUUUGAGUCCAUAGUUAACCAAGCGUUGCGAUCCAUUACACUUCGGUUAUUUUUGUUACGCAGACCUAAUUAUAUAAAUUUGUUAAUCUCCCUCCCGUUCAACGUAUUUAUCUACCCGUACUUGAAUAAAUUAUAAGCGUCAUAUCCAUAGAUCAGGCCUCCACCUCAAACACACCAAGCAUGCAGAAGCCACAGCAUGGAAUGUGCUGGAUGUUGCUCCUUUUUGGAUCGCUGAUCGCUAGCUUUAUGCUUGCCUUCAGCUACUGGAUGUUUGUGCCCCGCGAAGAGCAAUUCUGGUCCAUUGUUUCGAGGAACUACACCAAUUCGGGGAUCAAGUUUUCCUUUCCGCCGCCUUCAAUGCCCGAGGAACUCAAGCUCAGGCAAAGACCCCCGUUCGUCUACCAGAUAUUACAUUGAAUGGAUUAUAAUAUUCCCUUUUAUUAUGCUAUGUAGUCUUACGCUAGUUUCACAAUAAAUUACAUUUACAAA